GGCUGCUGGGCUUGAUAACAGCGCGCGGAGGAGCGAAACAAAAAUUAAAUAAAAGAAAACUUUAACAGGAUUACAGAUAUAUCGGCUAGAUUUCGAAAUAAGCAUGCCUGGAUUCACCUGCUGCGUCCCUGGCUGCUAUAACAACUCACAUCGGGACAGGGAACUGAGAUUUUACACCUUCCCAAAGGACACCGUACAGAGGGAGAUUUGGCUGAAGAACAUCUCCCGGGCCGGGGUAAGCGGCUGUUUCAGCACCUUCCAGCCCACCACGGGCCAUCGUGUCUGCAGCAUUCAUUUUCCAGGCGGCAGAAAGACUUACAGCAUUCGUGUGCCAACGCUCUUUCCGCUGAGGGGUGUAAAUGAGAGAAAGAACAGACGAGGCAGGAACAAGAAAGUGUCCGCCGUCAUCCCUAUUAUCACAAGCGUCGUUGCAAACGCCGAUGGUACUCUGAGCGGCGCAACCGCGGAGGUAACCAGCGGCGAUGGUGUUGCAAAUGCUGGUAAAGUGGUAAAUAAACAGGAUACCAAGCCGAUUGACCUAACUGUGCAAGGCGACGGCCAAUGCUUGCCCGCCGUCAUUUCCAGCUCUGCAAGCUUGGCGGGCAGCAGCGACCUCCAGUCGGCUACCGCUGCCACAACCUCCGCAACAGCCCUCCAACAAAGUGUACCGUACUCUACGGUCGACCUGUGCGCGCUCGGGGCUUUGGAUCACUCCUACUCGCUGAACACGGGGACCACCUCGGCGGAGCUGCUGAAGAAGCUGAACGAGCAGAGGGACAUCAUCGCCCUGAUGGAGGUGAAGAUGAAGGAGAUGAAAUCCACCAUCCGACAGCUCAAAGUAACCGAGGCCAAAUUAAAGGAGGAGGUGAGAGAGAGGGAUCGCAUGUUGACCGCCUCUGUGGUUCGAAAGAAAAUUUGAUCCGAGGGAAACAGGAUCCACAUCAACAAAAAAGUUGACAUUUCGUGUCGGAAAAAACACUUUUUAUUAGGGAUCCCAAGAGAUGAGUGAACCCUUUUGUACAAAAGCAAUGAAAAGUGGUUUGAUAGUUGACAACUUUACAGAACAUUGUUUUUUCUUAAUUGUAUUUAGCUACUAGCUAAUGCUGUUGUUGCUCCCUUAUGAUACAGUAGACUACCUUGUCAUAGUACUCAGUUUAGUUUACUAAUUGUUUGUAUGUUUAGCUCCAGUAGACCAUCCGACUUAUUCAUGAGGAAAUUCAGAUUGCUUCGUGCAUUCAGCUGAAUGGUUCAUGCUAUUUUCGUCCUCUCAAACUUUAGAAAGCAUUAGGUUACAUCUUGAACUAAGCAGUGUGUUAAGAUAAAGACUUUAGAGGAAAGUUGGAAAAAGUUUGCUUUUGUGUCAAAGGGGACAUGCUUAUACAUUUAUGUGCUACAGUUCUCAAGUUCUCUUUAUAAUGUCUCUUGCAAUGACUUGUACAUUAUCAGUCCAGCUAAGAAGGCCCAUUAUAGCUAGUGCAAGAAUUCUGCAUCACAAUUCAGUGUGCAUUUAAUAUGAAAUUAAAGAGAUGAGGAAUUUAUAUGCAUUUCAAGUCCAUCUAUAACAUGGUUAGGUCCAAACAGGACAACUCGUCAUCACGAAGCAGUGGUCUUUUUUCAAUCCAAAGCGUGUGAUCUGAAU